UAAAAAUAUAAAUAAAAAACCGGCAUGAAAUUUGCGAUCGAAAGCAUCACUAAGAAUUCCGGCCGCCUGGGCCAACUCCGGAUUAGAGAGGGUGGCCCCGAGCUGAGGACGCCGCUCCUUAUGCAGACUACAAAAGGCGGCAGCAUUCCGUGGCUCAGUGCAGAUGUGUUCGAGAGCCAUGUUAGCCAGAAGCCACAGGUGCUGCAGUUUACUUUGUCCACAAUGGACCAAAUGGCCGAGGCCCUGGCCCAGUGGAAUAGCGGAGAUCGGGGCGUCAGCGAUUAUGUUGGCUUUCCCGGACACUUGAAUGUCUUGCUCCUGCGAGAUCCGUGCGAAACGACGCCUUCGGGUGGGAACGACCGGGACAUACAACCGCUUUUCACGCGCAGGGGAAGGGAGUCCCUUACUCCGGAGCGCUACAUGGAAAUGGUGGCCAGCAUUAAGCCAGACAUCUACCAAGGACUCUGUGAUGCGGACACCAAUGCGGAGAGUGCCAAGAAAAGGGUGCAGAAAUCGGUGGACCGGACAGAGAAGUUCAUGCACUACAUCUACGAGCAACGCGGAAAGGUACCGUCUACUUUACUUGCUCCCAUCGUAGGCGGAUACAACACUUUUGCCCGGACGCAGUCGAUUAAGCAUGCUAGAGAACAACCGGCGGGUAGCUACGGGGGCUACAUCUUAGAGGGAUUCCACACGAAUGGCUUGACGGCAACCACAGUAGACACUGACAAACUACUGCCCAUUGUGGAACACUGUGUAAAGCAGCUGGAGGAGGACAAGCCGCGAUUGUUGCCCGGUGCCUUUACUCCCUUAACCAUACUGGAGCUCAUCGCGCAGGGAAUGGAUAUAUUUGACACCUCCUAUGCCUACUGUGCCGCUCUUAACUUCAAAGCCUUAACAUUCUGCUUUGUGCAGGCUGGCGAGAAGCAAGUUCCCUUCUUGGAUGUCACUGACGAUGCCAACAAGGAGAAUUUCUCGCCGCUACUGAAAACGUGCAGUUGCUUGACCUGCCAGAAGCACACGCGUGCCUACCUGCAUCACCUGUACAAAACCAACGAGCUCCUGGGUCCCAUUUUACUGAUGGUUCACAACCUGCAUCACUACAUGGCCUUCUUUGAGACAAUACGGGAGACCGUGGCCAAGGACAAGAUGCCAGAGCUGAUGGAACUAGUGAGGAAACAGAACGGAGACGCCCAAGUGGAUUACAGCAUUGCCGCCAACACCAAAGUCAUAACUAAAGCCACCAUGGGCAAGGGAUUCGCUGCAGCGGCUAUGUGAUACCAUAAUCGAGAAGUAAAUUAAGUUCCUAAAAAAGCCUCUAGAUGUUUAUU